AUGAGUUCACCAGCUACCAUGCUUAUUACUACUGCAUCUCCACUUUCUGAGAUCUUCAAGGAUACAGAGAGGACACUUCUUCUUGCUUACAAUCUUGGAUCAGCAAUCUUCAACUCUGUAAGCUAAGGUAUGAUGAUUUUUGGUCGCCAUAGAGGUAGACACAAUGAAGAAAAAUCAAACCUUGUCUUCAGCUCCACUAAUGUACAAGCCACAAUACUUGAAACAGCAAUGAGAGUCGCAAAAUAAGUGAUGAUGAUCCUUGGAGCAAUCUUUGGAGUACUAGGACUCGCUACAAAUGUCUUAGGAGUUUUCUCAAUCUUUUAAGACCCAGCAAUCUACGGUAAUGCUAACAACUAAACUGCAAGUAUGAUACUCAAGGCCUACCAUAUUAUUGUCAUGGGUCAAAACAUCUUGUUCGGAAUAAUUGCUGCAGGAUCAUUAGCUUUCUUCGGCUAUCACAUUUACACAGAUGGCAUUUCGUCCGCUGCACAAGGUUUCAUUAUGCCAGCCGUUAAACUUCUUCUAGGCUUUUUGACAGUCCUUGAGCCUAACAUGCUAACUAACAAAUACUUGGUUGACCUUGCUUGA